AUGGGAGCCUGCGACGGGAGGACGGGCGCGAGGUCUGCGGAGACCUCGGUGUCGGAGGCUGCCUCGUACAGCGCGUCGCGGAAGAACGCGCGCAGUCGUAAGCGCGGGCGGUCCCUGCAGCUGGCGGAGCCCGCGUACUGUUCGGACAGCUCUUGCGCGGCCUUGCGGUCCCCCCGUGUUCCGGAGCUGCCGAAGGCGAACGGGGUGGGAAGAAACCCGAUCGGCUUUGCUGCCCGCUUGGCGGCGGGAGGAAAGAGGCCGGGAGCCGCCCUCGCUCUGCCUGGCCGCGGUCGGGCCUGCCGGCUGCUCCUACUCCCGCGGCGGCUGGGCUGGGCUUUUCCCUCCAGCUUCGGCAACCGCGGGGCUUCUCAGAGCAAAAGCAGCCUCUGUAACUUCACGGCCGGGGCCAGGCGGAGCGCGAAGCGGCGCCUCGAGGUCGGGCCGGAGAGCCAACUCGCUGCGGCGCCUCGCGGAGAACCGACUUUUGCGGGCGCCUCGGCUUUCCGCGGCCACGUCCCCCGGUCGAUCGACGCCUUUGGCUUCCAACGGCUCCCGUCGGGAGGAGACCUGGAAGACGGAACAGGGCGCGCUGAAAAAGGAGCUCCCCCCACGGGGAAGGCAGCUGGCGGGGCCGGCGGUGCCUCGGGCUGGGCGGCGGCUUCGAAGGAGGGGAAACCCCGGAGAGGUCGCAGCUCUACGGAGUCCUACUCCUACUCCCAGGUGCAGCCCUCGCACCCGGCGGCCGACCCCAUCAAGCUCGGCGCCGGAACCUUCCAGCUGGAUCAGUGGCUGCGGGCCUCCACCGCCGGGAUGAUCUUGCCCAAAAUGCCCGACUUCAACUCCCAAGCGCAGUCCAAUCUGCUGGGCAAGUGCCGGCGGCCCCGAACCGCGUUCACCAGCCAGCAGCUGCUGGAGUUGGAGCAUCAGUUCAAGCUGAACAAGUACCUGUCCCGGCCAAAGCGCUUCGAGGUGGCCACGUCGCUCAUGCUCACCGAGACGCAGGUGAAGAUUUGGUUUCAGAACCGGCGCAUGAAGUGGAAACGGAGCAAGAAGGCCAAGGAACAGGCAGCCCAGGAGGCUGAGAAGCAGAAGAGCGGAAAUGCUGAGCAGGACAAGGGGGGAGAGGAGGGGCAGCUGCUGCCAGGGGGGCCUGAAAAGAGCAACGUGGGUCGCCGCUUGCGGGAACUCAGAGACAGUGAGCCGGAGGAGGAGGAAGAGGAGGAAGAAGAGGAGGAGGAAGAAGAAGAAGAAGAAGAGCAACAGCGUUCUGGACACUGCUGUCCCUACACCUCCCCUGACUGCUCUGAUAAGGAUGAGGGUGGGAGGCAGCCCCAGAGCAGGCAUGGGGGCCCCCACCCUCAGCUGGCCCCGGCUCCGAGUCCUUGAACAUUGGGGGCUUGGAGCACUGGCUGUUCCCUUCCUGCCUUGGAUUCCAGGGAGAACCGGACCCUCUGAUACUCUCGGUUCUUGCUGCCAGAGCAGCCUUUUUAGGUGCUGACCCUCCAGGUGCCUUGGACUCCAGCUUCCCAAGUUCCCAGCCCUGCUGCCUGGGGAUGAGAGAGCUUGUAGUCCAGUGCAUUUGGAGAACACCAGCCCAGGGAGGGCACCUCUAAACCUAUCAGUAGUCCAGUGUUCUUCACUUGCUGCACUGAUUCCCAAGCAGCUUUGCCCUAACUUUUCCAAGGUUCUGGCCCACAAUCUGUCCUGUGAGAAUUCACUUCUCUCAUAUCAAAGAGAGAAAAUAUGGGGGUGGUAAGUUUUAGUGUGGAUGCAGAGGGCUCCUUUGAUGCAACUACAGCAGAGUCUCGUUUCACCGACCUUCGCUUAUCCGACAUUCCGUCUUAUCCGACACCCCUAAAAAAACCACAACAACACGCAUAAA